AUGUUGCACGUGUUCGCUUUGGUACUCGCGGCGUCGGCGGCGAGCGCCCAGACCUCGCCCAACGCGCAGCUCGUCCAGGAACUGUUGCAGGCUGAUCCAGCAGCACGCCAUUCCAACAACAUCGUGCAGGAUGCGCUGCUCGAUGCGCCGGGUCUAAUCCGUAAGUACGGUUACCCAGUGGAGGUACACAACAUAGUGACGGCGGACGGAUACAUCGUGCAGGCGCAUCGCAUCCCGCACGGCCGCGACGCCAAUAAUCGGCCCGGACCGCGCCCAGUUGUGCUCGUCAUGCAUGGGCUCAUGUGCUCCUCUGCUGACUUCCUCGUUCUCGGCCCUGGAAACGCACUCGCUUACGUGCUUGCGGAGGCGGGUUACGACGUGUGGCUUGCCAACGCGCGCGGUAACUACUACUCGCGUCGACACAUUUUCCUCGAUCCUAACGACCGCGAGGGGCUUGAAUUCUGGAAAUUCAGCUGGGAUGAAAUAGGCAACCUCGAUCUUCCCGCUCUCGUUAACUUCAUCAUCGCAAACACCGGCCAGCAAAAAAUGCACUAUAUCGGCCAUUCUCAGGGAACGACAACAUUCCUCGUCCUGAACUCCUUGAGGCCCGAGUUUAACGAAAAAUUUAUUUCUUUCCAAGCGCUGGCUCCUUCUGCGUAUGUCGAGCACAACGAGAAUAAGUUACGAGAGAUUAUGGUGCAGUUCGAGAGUGUUUUAGAGUCUGUAGCAUUUAGCUUGGGAUUCGGUGAAGCUAUGGGAGGAGAGGGUUGGCGCCAGAUUUUCACCGCUUUAGGGUUGACUUUGUGCAACGAUCAGUCUUUCCUCCAGCCACUCUGUGUCUUCGCUAUCCUCGGUGCCGGAGAAAUUGAGAAUUUCAACAAAACGAUGCUGCCUGUAAUCGUGGGGCACAACCCUGCCGGCGCAGCCAUCCGUCAGAUCAUUCACUAUGGUCAAGUCCUGCGCUUCAACCGCUUCGCUCGCUACAACCAUGCCAACCCUCUCACCAAUCUCGCCGAGUAUGGCAGCCUCACGCCGCCCGAGUACGACUUGUCCAGAGUGACAGUUCCGGCGUACUUGCAUUACGGCAAGAACGAUGCUCAAAGCGAUUACAGAGAUGUACUUCUUCUUGGCGAACGACUCGGUAACACCAUCGGCGUCUAUCCCAUUGAACGGGAAACUUUCAAUCACUUUGACUUUAUAUGGGGAGGAGAUGUUAGGACGCAGCUGUAUGAUAAAUUAGUUGAUAUCAUGAGAUCUGCUGAGAGAGCACUGGAUCAGAACUCAUAA